CAGCGAGCAGGAUCUGUUCAGGAAACGCUGCCUGGUUUCCACCUGCAGACAAGAAGCCCAGAGACUGACCCAGUCUCAUCUAAAAAGCUGGAAGGAGGACUGGAGCGGCGAGCAGCAACGAUGGUUUGCGGCGGAUUCAUUUGCACCAAGAACGCACUCUGCGCUCUCAAUAUAGUCUAUGUUUUGGUGGGUCUGCUGCUAAUCGGAGUGGCAGGCUGGGGGAAAUGGUUGGACUUGGUCUCCAGCAUCAGGGUGGUGGCAGGGGUCAUCGGCGUGGGCGUCUUCCUCUUUGUGGUUGCCUUCGUGGGGCUGUGCGGUGCCCUGAAGCACCACCAGGUCCUGCUCUUCUUCUACAUGAUAAUCCUGUUCAUAGUGUUUGUCGUGCAGUUUUCGGUGUCCUGUGCUUGUCUGGCACUGAAUAAAGAGCAACAGAACCGACUGCUGGAGGUUGGAUGGAACAAAUCCGAGGCCACUCAAGGGGACCUUGAGAAAACACUCAACUGUUGUGGCUUCCAUUUUGUUCCAGUAAAUGGCUCAUGUGCAGCUAGAUGCUUUCACAACACUCCAAUGACUUGUAACACAUGCUCAGAGAGCAUCCAGCAGUAUGCUGGAGGUGUGCUACAGUUUGUUGGUGGUAUCGGACUCUUCUUCAGUUUUACAGAGAUCCUCGGAGUUUGGCUCGCCCACAGAUACAGAAAUAUCAAAGAUCCUCGAACAAAUCCUGGAGCCUUUCUAUAACCACUCACAAUUUAAUAAACUCCAAAAAUUGCACUGCUGUAUAAUUGUUUUUCCCUUUUUUGUAAAUUACAUUUGUAAGAUUUAAAGUGAGUCUUCAACUUGAGUGACGAUGAAAGGAUAACGAUUGCAGUGUAACAGUAACGCAAGUAGAGAAAACCCAUAACAAGUCUUUAGCUACACAGCAUCUAUCCAAAGAUUGCUGACAGCUAACACUAGCCACUGGUCAUACCAGACCAAGUAAGGCUGCAACUGCAAAACCUCAGUGUGUGUUGAACUGGGCAAAGUUAGGUUUUAUUGCUUAUCAAUUCAACAGUUUGCUUUAAUUGCUGCUCAAUUACCUUCAUUGUAAUGAUACAGCUUUUCUUGCUGUGAAUAUUGCCUUUCUUUAAAUGAGUAGUUUACCAUUUAGGGAAAUCGGUGUUCACUUUCUUGCUGAGAGUCGGAGGAGACGUUUGAUACCGUGGUCAUGUCUGAAAUGUAAAUAUGAAGCUACAAACAAAGACUAAAGGUGGGGUAAACUGCUAGACUGGCUCUGUCCACCUGCCGCCACCUCUGAAGCUCACUAAUUAACAUCGUUUGUUUUUAAUCCACACAAAAAAUUCUAUUCUCUGCAAGAAAGCAAAUUAAAGUAAUUCCCAAAAUAUCAAACUAUUCCUUUUAAGUGAAACCUGUGGACUCUUUCAUUCUAAUCUGUCUCAAAGAGACGAUAACAGCAGCUGUGUAUGCUCACCAUACACACACCUUAUGCAAAUAAACUGCAGGUUAGUUAGCACUGCGAUGACUUGACGAACACACAUUGGUGUGUUUUGCAGACAGUGGAUUUGGGUGUCCUUAACAGCAGGAAGAGAUCAAAUUAAAGUCACACCUGUUGCUCCUU